AUGCAAGAAAACAAAGUAGAGCAACUGAGAGCAUUGCUGUUCAACAACUCUCGGGUAAUUUCCCACGUACAUGUGUUUGGAGAAGAUGGCAGCGGCAGAAGUGAGACCGUCCGCCAGAUUUUACGAAAUUCUGGUGAUGACUGGGUAAUUGUUUAUCUUCCCAAUUAUUCCGCAUUACUUACACAGGUCUGUGCACUCGGUGAUUUUUUGUAUGCCGACGGUUCGCUCAAACUCUUGCUUGAGGCACUGGCCACCGAGCUCGGAUUCAAAAUGAAAGGAGAUCGGGCCGAAAACUUCUUCAAUAACGUUUUUGAUCAUGUUUCAUGGUAUCAGUGUUCUCUAGAAAAUUGAAAUGCGAAAGAUUUUGCAGGAAAGACACGAGGAACAAAAAGAUUCUGAUUUUUCUAGACAACGCGCAGGCCAUCGUGAACUAUCCGCCUGCUUCACUACAAUGCUUUCUAGAUUGUCACAAAGCGGUAGUUCUUAAAACAUCUCGCGUCAAUUUCAUAAACAUUAUUUUUCAGAUCGAAGAUUUGACAGUCCGGUUCGUAACAUGUGCGCCGUCGUGCAUAAGCCAGUAUCAAACCCACCUCAGCCAUCUUUCGUUCAUCGAAUUUCAUGUGCCAACACCAAAUCUCGGUUUGAUUCGUUUCUAAUCAUUAUCCUUUGAUUGAAAUCUGUUUCAGAAAGCACAAUAUCUCUCAUUUCGCACGCUAAUCCGUCGAUCAGUCCUCAAUUCCUCACAAUUGCUGUCAACACGCUCUUCAUGAUUUGUAAAUCUCCGAACACUCUGCUUUCCAUCGUGAGAAAUAUUUGUACAAAAUAACGCCAACAGUUCCAGAUUUGUUUUACAGAUAUCAGAAGCUUGGAGAAUGUAUGAAAACAACGGCGGCAGUGAAAAGUUCGACACUACUCUUGCCAAGGAUUGUCUGAACAAAGCGUCUGGAGAGAAACUGGGCAACGUCUUCGCUGAAUUGAAAUCAACCGAAAAUGAGCACAAUUUCCAGUCGAUGCCACUCGCCAUGAGGUUUUUAUAUCGUAAAUGUCCUGAAAAACAAUGUACUUGUCUCCAGAUAUCUUCUGAUUGCUGCAUACUGCGCCAGCAACAAUGCCGCUCAGUCGGAUAGUCGUUACUUUGUAAAAGUAAGUUGUCUGAUCUCCGCUUUUUUAAAACGGAUUUAUAUCCGAUUUUUUGUUAUUCGUCGUCACGAUGUUCCAUAAGUGCACCACAGUCUAAGUUGAUUCUAGCUCAAUGCGAACAAAAAUGUGUUGUCUUGGAUUUUGGAAAAGUGUGACUAUUUUAGAAUCACGGAAAAGAUAAGCGAUCGGAAAUUAAAGAGUUGCGGGCGGAAGAGAACCGAUUGACGAAGGAGAUGGGCCCAAAAGCCGCAGAACUUCAGAGAAUCGCCUGUAUCUACGAAACUCUACUCAUGCGCAACGAGGAAUCCGUCCGAGGCUUCGAUAUAAAAAAUGUGGUCAGUAUACCAACUUGUUUUUUAAUGUCGUCAUUCAUCGGCUCUUGUUAAUUCAAUUCUGCAGUUUGCUCUCUAUUUUCUACGGAAUGCUUUCUGGAGGUGUUAUUUUGAAUCAGAAUCAUAAAAGAAUGACGAAUAGUUCAUUCCUCCUUUUGCAGAUUGCUUCUCUCGAUUCAAUGGGCCUCGUUUCGGUCACCAAUCGAAGCAACCUUGAUAUUCCGAAGAUCAAGUGCCUGAUUUCCCUGGAAAGUGCUCUCAAAAUAGCCGGGUAUGGAUUUUCUAUUGUAAAAAAAGGGCAGCUGAUGCUCGAGCAGUCAGGGCGGAGGAAAAGGGUGAAACAUUACUGACUUAUUUGAUAGUUGCUCACUGAACUGAGCUUUUUUCACCUGCUCUACCCACAUGAUAUCAUGAAGACGCUUUCUCUUCUCAUGAAACGAGUGACAGUUUUGCAAUCAAACCACCUGGCUUUUCGUUCUCAGUUUAGCAAGAAAACAUUUCGUGUUAAUUGUAAAAUCAGAAGUAUUUUCUAUUUCUAGUUUCCCCGUUAUUGCAGAUCGCUCAACCUGGAGCUACGAAUCUACCUGGAACAUGCAAACUGA